UACAAUUUAAAAUAUUACCCUUAUACUGAAUCAUUAUAACUAAUAUAAUAUGAAAGAAAUCUACAAGUAAGAAAAACUUCACCCUCACCAUUCACUGGAUACUAGUCAUCCAUCUAUGGUUCCAGACAAAUGACUAAUAAUCACCACUCUUAUACACUCAAUGCAAAAAUGUUGUAAGUUGUGACACCGCUGUUCACACUUUAUACUCCCUGCACUCGGGAGCUGCCAAGCACUUCUAACUCUUCACAGAAUUGUUUUUCAAAUCCAUUUGAGAAUGAUUAAUCCCUUUCUCUUAGAUGAAUGGAGCCCCAUACUACCUGUGUGAUUGGGAAUAUGGAAAUGUGCAUGUUCAUGUAUGCAUUGAUGUGUAUCGAAAUAUUGAGUAGCAUAAUGUAUGGUUUGCAUUGUAGACAUGAUACCAAAAUACGCGUGGUUGGAACAAUUCCUUGUUAUCCAAGGAAAAAAAGGACUGCUGAGUUCCUAUGCACAAAAUUAUGGUAGUGUCUUCAGUCCAGGAGACUCUGGCAUUGCAGAGUGAAUAUAUUUUACCGCAAUUUUUGGCUGAAGAAAAGAAUUAAAACCAUUCAACAUGCAACUUGGAAACUUACAGUAAAGUUCUUAGAUUGGAUGUAGCCCCUGCUGGGCAGCAAUUGGUGGUAUCAUAUAACGGCCAGCCCCCCUUUAUGCAAUUUGCUUAUUUACACUAUAGCGCCAUAUGUUGCUUGUGUGCUAUGGUAUGCAUUUGCUCCAUCGACAGACUAACUUGCCGCACAUUCUAUCUUUAUACAUGAGACAUGACUAUGCUGGCUUAGACAAAAUAAAUAAUAGUGUUCAAUGGCAGGGUCAUAUAGCUCUUGAUCAAGCAGUAUUUCCUGAAAAUACCCCUGGAUUUUUAUUGGAUGCUUUUGCUCGUUCUUCUUUGUGGAAGAUUGGACUUGAUUACCGCCAUGGAACUGGACAUGGUGUAGGAGCUGCCCUCAAUGUGCAUGAAGGCCCUCAAAGUAUUACCUUUCGAUUUGGUAACAUGACUCCCUUGCUGAAAGGCAUGGUUGUUAGCAAUGAACCUGGCUAUUAUGAAGAUCAUGCCUUUGGCAUUCGAAUUGAGAAUCUCCUCUAUGUGAAAGAGGUUAACACGCCAAAUCGUUUUGGAGGCAUCGGAUAUUUGGGAUUUGAAAAGCUCACAUUUGUUCCCAUACAGAUUAAAUUGAUUGACUUACCUGUGCUAUCCAUUGCUGAGAUUGAUUGGCUCAAUGAUUACCAUUCAGAAGUUUGGGAAAAGGUUUCACCAUUGGUGGACGGUUCUGCACGUCAGUGGCUUUGGAACAACACAAGGCCUCUCAUCACACAGUAGUCCCUUGUUUGUACUUCUUUGAACUGUGACAGAUUGUUGAAUGUUUUAAGUUUCUUGAACGUAGUGUGGAAAAUGAUUUGUACAUGCUAAAGAAAGUAAUGGUGGAAAAUCUUGUACAAUGUUUCUACUGUGCUUUAUAAUGAACAAAACUAUAGGAAUUCAAUUCUACUCGAUAAAUUCUUGUUUUAAUUAUUUAA